AAACAGCCCGAAUUCACCCCGCGCCCAUUGCGCUCGCCACGCCUCAAGCUCGUCCUGUAAGACACCGUUGUGGGUCCCCAAGCCCUGGACAACCGCUGGGGGCGGUAAGUUCGGUGAGCGACAGCUCCCGCCGUGACGUAGCCCGGAGCUUGGUAGCCACCCGCCGCCGCCCGCCAUGAACGGCUCCCUGCGGCCGCGCGCCAGCAGCUGGCGGCGGGCAGCCACCGUCGUGCUGGCGGCUGGCUGGGCGCGCCCGAGCCCUGCCGCGUCGUCGAGGCCCCCCGAGGGCUUCCGGCUGCUGCUGCUGCAGCGCUCCGGGAGCCAAGGCUUCCUGCCCAAGGCGCACGUCUUCCCGGGAGGCCUGGAGAGCACCGCAGACAGCUCGGCAGAGUGGCUGCGCCUCUUCGCGCCGCAUCACCGGCCGCCGCGCUUCGGCCUGGCGCCCGCACGGUCGCGGCCAGCCUCCUUCCCGGGGCUGCCGGACGCCCCCGCCACCGUCGCCGACGGGGACGCCGCGGCGCUGCCGGAUGACGUCGCCUCCCGCAUCUGCGCCAUCCGCGAGACCUUCGAGGAGGCGGGCGUGUUGCUGCUGCGGCCCCGGGCCGCCCUGCCCGCCGUUCCCGAGUUGGGCCGGGCGCUAGCGCCGCCACCGGGCCUGGACGCUUGGCGCGACCGCGUCCGCCGCGACCCGCGCCACUUCCUGAGCCUGUGUGCGCACCUCGACUGCACGCCCGACAUCUGGGCGCUGCACGACUGGGGCGGCUGGCUCACACCGUUCACGCGCCCCGGCGGCCGCCGCUACAACACGGCCUUCUUCUUGUGCUGCCUGAGCGAGCCGCCGCCGGUCUACCCAGACUUGACCGAGGUGGUGAGCUGCCAGUGGUCAUCUCCAUCAGAGGCAACUGAGAGUUUCAUAUCAAAGGAAAUUUGGUUUGCACCUCCACAAUUCUAUGAAAUAAGAAGACUGGGAAAUUUUGCCUCUCUCUCUGACUUGCACAAGUUUUGUUUGGAUGGUGCAUCUGAAGAAAUGGAAAGAUGGCUGCCGAUCACAUUUUUAACUGCUGAUGGAAUGCUCGAGCUUUUACCAGGAGACGAGCUGUACUUAGAAGAUUCAGAAUUUUUAGAAAAUGCUAUGUCCACUGGAAAAAAGACUGAAGAAAUCAUGAAGGAAGGAAAGACAUUUCACCGGCUCGUUUUACACAGCCGCCAUGUGUAUAAUCUCCACGUGACUCUCCAGUCAAAGUAUAAACAUGUUUAUCCUAAGACCUAUAUAAUAAGUAAGAGCCAUUUGUAGAGCACUGCAUAUUUGUGCUUGCUUGGUUGACCGCUUGAAGUUGUCCUAUGGAAUAGGGAGGGUUGACUAGACCUGCUUGGAGCGCAAGGACCUGCCUGGAAGUUACAGUACAGUCUUUCACAUUUUAACUGUAUUAUAGCACUUCCUUGUUUAUUUCAUUCUUCAAAACUUACAAUCUGGGUGCCUGGGUGGCUCAGUUGGUUAAACAACUGCCUUCAGCUUGGGUCAUGAUCCCGGAGUCUCAGGAUCGAGUCCCAUAUCGGGCUCCCAGCUCCAAGGGGAGUCUGUUUCUUCCUCUGACUUCCCCUCUCAUGCUCUCUCUCACUGUCUCUCUCUCAAAUAAAUAAAAUCUUAAAAACAAAAACUUAACAGUCUCACACAAGUAUAAUGAUCUUGUUCCCAGAUUGAGGGAAAAAAACCUCUCAAAAGGGUUUCCACUUCUGUAUUAUUUUUGUAUUAUUUUAUUAUCAAAAGUUUAACUAAGACAUUCUCCUGCUAUUGUCUGGUGUAUUAGCACUUUCCUUGAUGUGCUUGGGAGCUGGAUCUGUGACUCCCUGAGACGUGCUGCUGGAAUUAGUUUAAGGGUGUCUGAUUAUACAGGGAACAGUAAACUGAGACGACCUUCAGGUGAUAGGAUCAUUAUUUUCUUGUUAUGUCUUUACCUUGAUGAUUAACCUUCAAUUCUGUUUAAUACUAAAAGGCCUUAGUUGUUAGGUUUAUCAGAUGGGAAACCUAUUUUAAAGGCUAUGAAGCCAUAACAAAAAGCCAUAAUUAUUUUUACUCUGGAGUAGUAGCUAAUGAAUACUGAGAUGUAGAUGAAUAGAGAGAUGUAGAACUAGUCAUCAUUCAUUGGUGUUUUAUUAAUAAUGCUUAUUUUCAAUAUGGGUUAUUUUUUCAUGUUCCUUUAAGAGGAAUACUAUUUUGAUUAAAGAUGGGAAAUGGCUAAGACAUCAGUUCUGUUUUCAGAUGCUUGACUAUAUCAUCCAUAAUACAGUGGACUUUAUUUUUCAUGAAAUGUCUUAAUUUUCCUACCUAUAAAAUCAAGGUAUCGAUGAAUAAGGUAUAUGUGUAUUACUUAAUCUUGGUUGGAGGAAUACAUCUAGAUUAGUGGUUCUCCACCCAGAGCACUUUUGCUCAGGGGACGUUUGGCAGUGUCUGAAAACAUUUUCGGUUGUGAGCUUAGCUGCUUCUACCACCUAGUGGGGAGAGCCCAGGGAUGUGGUUAAAUAUCCUACAGAAA